CCCCAAACCAAACACUUCAUCAUUAAAAUUCCACACACUUCUCUCUCCCUUUACUCGGACAAACUGACAACAUUACUACCUCCAAAACAAAUGGCUGAUGCUUUGACACAAGAGCAGAUUGCUGAGUUCCGGGAGGCCUUUUGCGUCAUUGAUAAAGACUCCGACGGUAAGGACUCUACUGUUUGGUUUCAUUUCUGGGCUGUCCAAAUUUUCGUUUUACGUUUUCAUAAAACACAGAGUUCAGUAUGUGUCUUGUCAGUCAGCCCGUUUCUGUAUAUAUUUUAUGAAGGUGUGAUUACGGUGGAGGAAUUGGCGUCGGUGAUUCAGUCUUUGAACGAACAUCCGACCAAGGAAGAAAUUCGAGAAAUGAUGCACGAGGUUGAUGCUGAUGGAGAUGGUACUGUGGAUUUUGAAGAGUUUUUAAGUAUUAUGGCAAGAAAGAUGAAGGAAAAUGUGGCGGAGGAGCUGAAAGAAGCUUUCAAAGUAUUCGAUCGGGACCAAGACGGGUUCAUAUCGGCCAUUGAGUUGAGAAAUGUGAUGAUGAAUCUGGGAGAAAGAUUGAGUGACGAAGAAGCUGAACAAAUGAUCAGAGAAGCUGAUUUAGAUGGAGAUGGGGUAGUGAGCUACGAGGAAUUCGUGAGGAUGAUGAUGGCUUCGUCCUGUUAAUAUUGUCGGCUGUUUUUUCCUCGAUGUAUUACGAGUUUGUUAUUACAAGGACUUGUAGAAAUUUAGAUGGGUUGCUAGUCAAAAUAACCUUAGGAAAAAACUUGAAAUGAGGAUUGACAAAAACUAUGUAAUAUAUGUACUCAGUAGAGUAAAUUGAACAAUAAUAGGAUACAAAAAAUACACAUUAGAUUUGAUCUAUUUAGAAUAUAGUUCGUCUCCGAAAUUUAUUCU